AUGACGAGAACCCUAGGCCAGUUCAGAAAGGUCGGCUUAAGCUUCGUUGACAUAUUGGAGUUUUAUGGCUGGCAAAGAGCUGGAAUCCUAUCAUCUAACUGGUCGUUAUACAAGAAAGCCGCACGAGCUAUCAACGAUGUCAUCCUGCUUGUAAUGCCGGCGACGGACCGUCGCGAUAUCAUGAUGCACGCGUACUUGACGCAUGACUUGAUACUUGACGCAUACAUGACGAAAGGCGACUACGUUUUCUUCAUCAUAGACAUGGUACCGAAUGAUGACGUUAUCGGCUCGGCGCAGACGUGGUGGGGUACAGACAACCGCAACGAGGAAGCGAGGCAGGCGUUCGAAUCCGUAUUUCGCAUCAGUCUCGCUGCCCUGACUGAAACACAGGUCAACCAGUUCAGAGGAGACAAGUACUCACCUUUCUUACACGAUGCGGUUACACUCUACGCACUGUCACUGAACAAGACAUUAUAUCAGGGGGCAUACUACAGAAACGGCACUCUCAUUCUUGAGAAUGCCAAGCACAUAUAUUUCAAAGGAAUUUCCGGCGACGUGUUGAUCAAUGACAACGGGGAUCGCCUACUUGAUUAUUGA